AUGGCUAGAUUUCAGUGUUAUGACACAACUGCGUCAAUGUCUGGAGCAUACAACGGUGCACAAACAAAGUUUAGCGAGCAUUUGGAACGGAGCAUUCCCUACAUCACUUGCAUGGACCACAAGGCAAAUCUAUGUGUCGAGCAUUGUUGCCAGGCUUCCUUGCUCAUCGACAAAUUUUUUACUACUUUGCAAGAUCUGUAUAACUUUCUUACAAAGAGUACCAGCCGCUUUGGUAAACUAAAGGACAAGAUUGAAGAGUUACAAGAAGGUUUGAUUAUGAAAAACCUAUCGAAAACGCGAUGGAUUGGAAGAGCAGAAUCAAUACGUGCAGUGUGGUUGAGCUACGAAGUUUUGCUUGAUGUUCUUGCAGAAAUCGAGAACUUUCAAGGGAGUGACAGAGAUGCCAGAAAGACAGCGAACGAUUUGUUGGAGAGAAUACAGUCAUUUGAUUUUUAUUUCUGCAUGUUGUUCACGAAGAGCAUAAUGUACAAGAUGAAGGUUGUAAUUCUCGAAGUUCAAGAAAUCGAUUAUGAUAUUCUGGCAAGUUUGGAUGCAAUGUGCGAAACAAGAGAUGAAAUGCUGCGAAUACGGAAUGAUGAUGUUGGCCUGGAUGGCAUAAUCACAGCUGCAGUAGAAAAGUGUAGUUCUUUUGGAAUCGAUGUCCAAUACGAAUUUUCUAAAAAACAUCGUCCUCGUCGACAACCAAGGCGCAUCGACGAGAAUGCUGAUAAUCGCGUUAUUCCACAUUUUAACCAGCACUACCGUCAGGAGAUGUUCAAAGUUCUCGAUCGCCUGGUCAGUGAUAUCAAUGAUGCCCACCACUACACCUCGGACAUUGUUGUUCCAGUUUCAGUUCUUCCAAACAAAAUCGCUAAACGUACGGCAAAUCAAGUCGAACAAUUGUGUGCCACUUUUCCCGAAGAUUUUCAAGAUCCAGAUGCAUUACUUGCGGAGAUGGAGGUGCCAUUGAGCAGAGUGAAGCAAAGAAUCUGCGAGAAGCUGCCAGAUUUCUUAAAGAAAAGUGUUUCUUUUAUCCAGCCUUUGCGAAGGCAUAUCAGCUCGCAUUAA